UCAGCCCUCAGUUUGUGUCGGUACUAGGUACCAUGCAGACUCAGAAACAAGGAUAGAUAACUCAUCACCCUCGCCCAUAGCCCAGACUCCAGAACCUUCACCCCCAAUAGGGAUUCCUUUCCUACUGCACAAUAGGGCUGAAAGCACGCAAAGCAGUAACCAUGUUAUCACACAAUGCCCUGGUGAAACAGAGAAAGCAGCAAGCAUCUGCCAUUAUGAAGGAAAUCCAUGGAAAUGAUGUAGAUGGCCAUUUUUUGGGCAAAAAGGUCAGCACACCGAGAGACAUCAUGCCUGAAGAACUAUCACUCCUCUCAAAUCGUGGCUCCAGGCUAUUUAAGAUGCGUCAAAGGAGAUCAGACAAGUAUACGUUUGAAAAUUUCCAGUACGAAGCUAAAGCACAAAUGAACCACAGUGGGGCCCUGCUGAACGGGAAGUUGGAAAGUAGCAACUUGGAAGCUGGAUCUCAGCAUGCCCCUCUGACACCUCCUAAUUCGCCUGACCCACGGAACCCUGCAAACCCAGACAGCAUUGCGCCAGGCUAUUCUGGACCGCUGAAGGAAAUUCCUCCAGAGAGAUUCAAUACCACAUCCGUACCUAAAUACUAUCAGUCUCCCUGGGAACAGGCCAUUAGCGAUGAUCCAGAACUCUUGGAGGCUUUGUACCCUAAACUUUUUAAGCCUGAAGGCAAGGCAGACCUGCCAGACUACAGGAGCUUCAACAGAGUGGCCACCCCAUUUGGAGGUUUUGAGAAAGCAUCUAAGCUGGUUAAAUUCAAAGUUCCUGAUUUUGAUCUACUCCUGCUAACAGAUCCCAGGUUCCUGGCCUUUGCUAACCCUCUUUCUUCCAGGCGUUCCUUUAAUAGGACUCCUAAGGGAUGGACAUCUGAAAAUAUUCCCAUAGUCAUAACCACUGGGCCCGUGGAGGAAAAAGCCGCCCCAGAAACGGAUGAUCUGUAAAAAGAAAGUGGUGCAAACUCCUGAAUGGAGCAAUCAUGAUUUUAACAUUCUAUUUGUCAAGAGAUGCUACUUUCACUGUCCUUCUCUAGUUGUUGGAAUCUGAUUCGUUAACUACCCAAGAUGCAGUAUUGAAUUUCAAUGACAGAUUUACUAGAAAUAAAAUAAUUUGGAAACCAUU